AUACAGUACAGAUCCACUCAUCCUCAUGCUACUAUCGCGGAACCACGGACCCACUUGACUGCCACCAGACUAACCUCAUCCGCCCUUAACUUCAUAAAUAUACUACUCAGUUCGCGUAUAAUAAUUGUAGAUGUGAUUCAGUGAUUGUUGCGUGGGUUCAGAAUUGUUGCGAUUGCAAAUUUGGUAGUAAACCUAUUUACCAGAUUUGCAGCGGAAUGAACACUAAUUUAAUUUCAAUAUUGUGCUUAACUUUUUAUAUUCUACAAUGCUAAGAAGUAAACAUCUUGUUUUUCCAAAUUAAAGCCAAGAGAUGUGUUAUGACAAGUUUUAUAUUCCUCGGCUAUACUUCACUGAAAAAGUACUAAACAAUUCAAGACUUUUGAUUAUACAAAAGAAGUUAACUAGCGCAGAUAAGAAGUUAGAUAUAUAACCUCAAAUAUUUGUUUUCCGAACUGAAAUAGUUGCUUUUUUUCAAAUGAACACGUAAAAAUAAUGGAUUUGAAUACUAAUCUUCUUUAUCAAGUGAACUUAAUAAUUUUCUUAUUAUUUACGUACAGCCAUACCGGCACAAGUACUCCAGUUAGUGAUUCUAAAAUAAAUAAUGCACUUGAUGCAAUUGCUAUUUGUGAUUCUGUAAAAUUUUUGCGUGAUUCGUCAUACGUCAGACAGUGCAAUACAUUAUCAUAUCCAAUUGAAUUUCAUGAUAAACAAGCUGAUAAUGACAUACGUUUUAUGUGUAUGACUUUGAAUCACAUAACAAAGAAAAUAUGCGAGUAUCAUGAUAUUGAUAUGAGUCAGAUGAAAAUACCUGAAUCUGCUAAAACAUUUGAUGAAGAAUUGAAAAAAUUGGAACCAAAACAUAAUGAGAUAAUAAAUGUUGUAGAUGGCUGGUGUAAAAAUAUGACUACUUGGCUCAAUGUUACCAUACAAAAUGAUAAUAAUGUAUUUUAUAUAAAUUAUGCUAAUGAAACACUCUUGGACAAAAUUGAAUGUGUUGAAACUUGUCACGUACGUCAUGGAGUGAAUAAUUUUUGUGUAGUAUUUUUUUGGUUUAAUAAAUUACAUAAUAGACUUCAACUUUCAAAAAAAAACAAUAUUUUAAAAGAAACACCUGUUUCUAAACAAGAAACUCUUCCUAAAAUUGACACUGAUGAUAAUAUAGAAAAGCCACUUUCUAUUAAUCCAGACAAUAAAGAUGAACAUACAAGUGUUGUAAAUACAAAAGUUGAUAAUGAACACUCUAAAUUUCCCAAUGAAAUACAAAGUAAUUUAAAAUCUGAGUCAAUAGGAAGUGCCAAUGAACAAGAAGUAAAAAAGAAUUUGGACCAGCCUGACCAGGAAAUAAUGCCUGAUAGAGAACAACAAAAGCAAGAUUCCAAAUUGUCAUCAUUAGUAGAUGAUAAAUUGAACAUAAUAGAGAAUAGAGCUGAAAAUAUUAAAACCGAAUUUCAAGAAGGAAACAGUUUUUUGGAUGAAGAAGGAAAGAAAGGAUUUGAAGAAGGUAUAGAAGGUGAAAAUGACCAUAGCAUUAUGGAAACGAAUAAGAAAGAUUCUUAUAAUGAUUCAGGUGACCAACAUGGCUUUCUUGAAUCACCCGUCAUAAAAGAAGAAGAUGAAUCACAUUUUUUUAUAUAUUUUUCAAUUCUUUCUCUUGUCUGUCUUAUACUUUAUAUUGGAUAUCAUAAUAAACAAAAAAUAUUAGCAAUAGUUUUAGAAGGCAGACAGUCAAAAAGGAAUCGUGGCAGCAGAAGAAGACCAAAUACAGCUAAUUAUCGUAAACUUGAUUCUAAUUUAGAAGAGGCUGUGACAUCUCAAUGUAGUACUAAUGUUACUCACGUAAUUUAUUGAAAACAAUAUUUUGUGAAUUGACCAUUCGGCUGUUGAGAAUCUAAUCAAAUCUACUUUUUAUUUGGUAAUAAAAAGCAAAGAUUUUUCAAAGCAUUAAGCAUAAUAGCAGCACAAGUACUGAGAAUUUAUAUAAAAAAAAGCAAGAGUAAAUAUAGGCUUAAAAGUUGAGAUUUUUUAUGCAAGAUUAAUAAUAAAAUAUAUAUCUUGUUGAAAAGUUCUUUUACUUACUCAGUUGAAUAUAGCACUUUUAUAAAUAUAUAUUUUGUUCAAUUUUCGAUUUAAUGUGUAUGGUGCACUAUAGGCAAAAGAUAAAAUAUCUGAAAUUCUGAGGAGCAAUAAUAUAUCGUUAUUAUUGAUUAAAAAAAAUUGGAUUUUUAUAGAAUGCGAUUAUUACAACGGCUUCAUAUUCACGGACAUGACGUUAAUCAAAUAAAAAAAUAUUCCGUUAUUUAUUUGUCUUAUUCUCAUAUGGCAUUUCUUGCAUUCUAUUUUACAAAAUAAUAAUGUAGCUACCAUCGGUAAGUCAUCACUAUCACGGUUCUUUUUAUACGUAUUCAAUAGCUUUAAAAAGUAAUAAGAGUUUUAUGACGUGCUUAAUUGUAUUUUUUUUUGGAACAACUUUUACAUAUUAAUUGUGAAUAAUGUACGAAAGCCAAAAUGUAAUGACAAAGUGAUGAUUUUUCAGUUAGAGUGUAAUAACAUACGUUAUGCAACUAUAGUUGAUUUCUUUUAAAGUGACUUGCUCCUGCAAAACAACGUCAACAAUAUGUAGUUCACCAUCAAUUAUAUAGUUCGUACUCCUUUCUUAUCGAAUGUACAUAAUAUUCUCAUAAAUAACUGCGUGUAAAUAUAAAUACUAAUAUAUGAGUUUAUGUAAAUGUGUGUGGAAAAGUGAUUUCGUAAAUUUCUGUAUCGGCAGUUGCAUAAUACAUGCUAUACAUUUUUAUUUUUCGAUGGUUAUUCACUUUAUCGUUAGUAUUUUUAUAUAAAUCGUUAAUAUUAAAUAUUUCAUGUAAUUUAAAAUAGAUUGUGAUACAGCGGUAUGAUUAACAAAAUGUAAAAUAAAAAAUUAGGCACGUAAAAUAAUGAAAAAAUAGUCGUCUAAUUAAUUACAAACGCGUUUGCAAUUUUUUUUUGCAACAAGCACUUAUAUCAUGCUUACAUCCC